CCAUCCACUAGGUAAUUGGUUUGGAGCUUGGGCGGUUGGGACAGGCGGUGCCAUCGUCACUCCCUGACAUCGUCUCAUUCGAAGUGAGACAGCUGAGACACGCUACCAACUGAUGCAAAAUGAAAAGAAUUCUGGUAGACUUCCCGGACGCCGAAGCUGGUUAUUAACGCCGUUUCAAAAAAGCAUGGUAGCGUCCAUGGUAGCGUAAAGGAAGGUCCAACUCCAUGGUUGCGUGAAGGUAGGAAUCCGAAUCUGUUAUAUACGGGCUGCCAAAACCUCGCGCUACCGUCCCCAGCCAGCAGGAAGAAGUUAGAGUUCCACUCCAUGGUCACUGAGAGACCAUCUUCUACGACCGGUUAAACCUGGGGAAGCCUGGAGACUUCCUGGAAGGAAUCCUGGAUUGCAUCAAUGAGCUCACCGAUAUCCUAAAGUUCAAGAUGAGCGAGAGCACGUAUCGUGUCGAGACCACAGCACGCCUCGCACAGUGGAAGAUCGACAACCUAGCGGGUUCCCCUUACAGGAAAUCGGAUCCCUUCAGGAUUGGUAGGUGGAACUGGUUCAUAUCGAUAGAGAGGAGCAGGGCGUUACAUAUACGGCUAUUUCCGGAUAUUGGGAAGCUGUCCAGAGAACCGGCACCAAUCGCAUCGUUUGUAAUUCGGCUCCUGUGUUCUAACGGCAAUCGUAGGACUCUUGUUUAUCCCGAAAUCAGUGACAAGUUGCUACAGAGCAGUGAAGAUUUCGUGUGGCCGCUAGAUAUCUCGUUUGCUGGGAAAUUCAUAAUUGACGUAGAGUUUCUGGAUUUGAAGAUUAUACCUCCUGAAGGUGGUGACCCAUGCUCAAUCUGGUCUUUCAAAGAAACAGCACAAAACAGAUCAACAACAGCUGCCUUGUCCAGCCUAGGACGAAUGUUGUCUGAACAGAUACACACUGAUGUCACCAUUGAUGCUUCUAAUGGAAGUAUUGGAGCUCAUCGAGCCAUUUUAGCCAGCAGAUCACCAGUUUUCCACAGCAUGUUUGCUUACAACCUUAAAGAAAAAGAGCUGUCGACCAUUAAGAUCAGUGACAUGACUAUUGAUGUUUGUGAAGCCUUUCUGGGUUACCUAUAUGGAGCUGCUCAAAUUGAAGAUUUUAUGGCACAUAGAUCUGCUUUGCUCCGUGUUGCGGAUAAGUAUGAUGUCUCUGAUCUGAAAGAACUGUGUGAGGAGAGCCUUCUUGAAGAUAUUGACACUAAAAAUGUACUUGACAGGCUUCAAGAUGCCUAUAUGUAUCAAUUGCCAAGGCUUAAAAGAAGCUGCAUUGCUUACCUGGUUAACUUUGGCAAAAUAUUGGAUAUCCGUGAUGAUCUCAAUGUUUUCCUGCAAAGUGCUGACAGGGAGCUGAUCGGUGAGAUAUUCCAGGAAGUUCUGGACACAUGGAAAGGCUUCUAAGUCGGAACAAGUAUGAAGAUUGUUCUUGUAAUGGUGUUCAUCGUGUGCUCUUAAUUUUUGCACUAUGUACAGGCUUUGUUAAAGCUGAUGGGACCAACGUCUGCACUUCUGCAGUGUGCUGCUGUUCUGUUCUCGUGUAUAUCAUCCAUUCAAUUGGAUUUGCGAUGGUUCAAGCUGCACGGAAGCUUUAGUAUGAAAAACAUACAAGUAUUACAUGAAAUCAAUAUACAUACAUCUGUUUUGUGUUUA